GGGGUUUUUUCUGCUGCUAUCUUGUUAAAGAGCGCUGCUUAGCUUCCUUCCUGUCUAUGCUUUCUUGCAAGCAUUUAGCUGUCUGCUUCUUCAGGGCAGCAUUAUUGCUCCGGUAGAGUUGGAGGUUGCUGGCUCAUUUUCUCCUGGCACCUGAGAUGAAUUUCUCUCUUUCUGCAGGAUGCAUGGUAUCUAGAUUGUGUCAAGUCUUGUUGAGAGUCCACAGCAGUACCCUCUCAAAUGAUAGUACUGUGUUUGCAUUUGGCAUCUUUCUCUUGAGAUAGUCAAGGCCUGCGAAAACUCUUUCUGCCGAAAGACUAUCUUUGGGACAUGUUUAGGUUUUCUGUCCUCAGCUGUGCAUCUGUAUUGUGAAAUCUCCCUCUAGGCAAGGGAUCUUCUUAUUCUUCUAAUUGUCUGGAGAUCAGACACAAACAUGUUGUGGAGCACAACAGACAGAGCUUGCUUGGUGAGAUGCUUAACAUCUUCUGUAGUUGUCUGGUAGAGAGCUCCAUGCAUCUCAUUUCUCUUGGGGGGGGGGGAAUUCCUUGAAAAAGGAAACAUACUGUUGUUGAGGAGGGAGUGGGAACAUUCAUCCAUUCACCUCUUUUUUUUUUCAGUGCAGGUGCUUGUACUAUACAUUGGUGUCCAUCACAUGUAUGUCACUCUCCGCCAUUUUCAUGACUGGAAGGGGGAUACGCUGGCCAAUUAUACCCAUAGCACGAAUUCCGGCGAAUUACAAUACAUCAUCUAAAUUUUCUGUCAGACAUUUGAUGAAUUCUCUUCCCAUUUUGGGUCAAGCACACAACUCAUGAAAGUGUUCUGUAUGCUAGAUCACUGCAGCACUGUUGUGAAAAGGCACAUGGAAUCUGUUUCCUUCGUAUGCCACAAGCUGUGAAGAUGGGACAAUGGCCUUGAAUUCCUCCACCAUACCAGACUGUUGGUCACUGUUGAUUACAGAAUCUUCUAACUAACAGUGAGAAGACAUGCAGACUUGCCCUAUUGCCUGGCCCACAGCAAUUGUUUUCCCUGCCAAGUUUUCCACUGCAGCUUUUGAUCUUUUCCCACUCAAUUAGGGCUGCAGAUGCAUAUUCUUGGAGUUUGGUACAAGGUGUUUGCCGCAGUAAAGAUCAUUGAUGGUAGCUAUCUGCUGCUUUGUUUCUUCAUCAAUGUCAGCCCAGUUCUCAGUUACCUUGGGUAGUGUUGAUCCACUGAACUUUUCCAGCUUUUGGAUGUAGAUUUUAUUCACUUCACACCGACAUGUAUCCGUCUUGGUAUUUUUUAUUUUUGAAAGCAGUGUGUCCAUGCUUGAUUAUGAUCUGAGUGAAAGUAACUCAUUAAGAGUUUCUUCCAUUUCCUUGAAAGGUAUGACAGCACUUUCUGAGCUGAUGUCAUGAAGACACAUUCCAACUGUUCCAGAAUCAGUUGAGGCCAGGAAUGUGGUGUACCCCUUUCCCUUUUUGGAGGUGCUACCAAACUUGUAAACUCAGUGGAUUGUCAGAAGUUGCCAUCUUGUUUCUUGCAGCCUCCUUGUUUAACAUUGCCUGCUCUACUGCAAGAUACCGGAAGAGAGUUAGCUUAGGCAAACAGGUGACACUCAUCUUUCCCACAUCUCUAAGAACGAUUCAAAUAAUGUCCGCCUCAUUCCUACUUGACUCUUCUUGUGUGAUAUGUGAAUUACCAAGAUGGGUUUUUACUCAUUUCCUUGUAACGUACUCCUGUCAUUUCCUCCACAGAGAUUUCCGAUGAAGAGAUUGCAGGAUUAAGAGCAGCUUUUGAAGCAGAUCCUAAGAACCUUCUGGCACAGAAUGCUGCCACCAAGUAUGAUCCUUUGGAGUUCUGUGUUCCUCAUCGUGCAGUAGGACAGAACCUUCAUGCUUAUACUCACAAAGUAGCUGAGGCAAAGCCAAUGACCAACCAGCGGAGCUCUGGGCGUUGCUGGAUCUUUGCCUGUCUCAACACCAUGCGUAUCCCAUUCAUGAAAAAACUCAACAUAGAGGAGUUUGAAUUCAGUCAGAAUCAUCUCUUCUUUUGGGAUAAGAUCGAACGCUCAAACUACUUCCUCACUUCCAUGGUUGAGAUCUUCAAGCAAGAGGAGCCUGUGGAGGGCCGUUUGGUCAGUUUUAUGCUGACCUGUCCAACCAAUGAUGGUGGUCAAUGGGACAUGCUGGUCAAUUUGGUCAAUAAGUAUGGAGUGAUGCCCAAGAAAUGCUUCCCUGAGGCACACUCAUCUGGAGCAUCACGGAGGCUCAAUGUCACCCUCACAACCAAGUUGCGUGAUUAUGCCAAGGAGCUACGUGAUAUGGUGGAAAAGAAAUCUUCGGCCUCAGACAUUGAGGCAAGGAUCAAGGAACAGAUGGCAGAGAUCUUCCGGGUAACCAGUAUCUGUCUUGGUAUCCCACCUACAACCUUCACCUGGGAUUACCAUGACAAGACCAAGACCUUUCAAUCUGUAGGACCAAUCACACCUAAAGACUUCUAUCUUCAGCAUGUCAAACCCGUCUUUAACAUGGAUGAGAAGGUGUGCAUAGUGAAUGAUCCACGACCAAAGAACAAGUAUGAAGAGAUGUAUACUGUCCAGUACUUAGGCAACAUGGUUGGUGGUCAAAAGACCCUCUAUAACAACCAACCCAUUGACAUUCUCAAAUCCACUGCCCUUAAAUCAAUACAGAAUGGAGAGCCCGUUUGGUUUGGAUGUGAUGUUGGCAAAUUUAGCACUAGGAAGACCGGCAUACUAGACACAAAAAGCUUGGACUAUGAGUUGGUGUUUGGAAUUCAGAGUUUACAACUGGACAAGGCCGAAAGACUUCUGUUUGGAGAAUCAUUGAUGACACAUGCUAUGGUACUUACAGGAGUAGGAACCGAUGGUGCUGAAAACGAUACCAAGACAACUAAAUGGAGGGUUGAGAAUUCAUGGGGUGAAGACACAGGCGAGAAAGGGUACCUUGUGAUGUCAGAUGAGUGGUUCUCUGAGUUUGUCUUUGAAGUGGUUGUUGACAAGGCAUACGUUCCUGCUGAAGUCCUAGCUGUCCAAACCAAGGAACCCAUUGUUCUACCUCCAUGGGACCCUAUGGGCUCUCUUGCACAUCCUGUCUCUGCCAAACUCUAAAUAUAUCAUAGGGUUCAUUCAAGUAAUCACAAAAUUAGAUCACAAAUAAAAUGCAUAUAUAAAAACACAGAAACUCCAACUUGCCCAUUUUGGCUUGAUAUUUCCUGCUUUGAGUCCAUUAAAAAAAGUGAUCUAGCUAUCCAGCUUGAGUUUAAACUUUUCCAGCCCAUCCACCUUUAUAGUUACAUUUUUCAAAAUGUUAUAUUUCAAAAGGUUAAGUAUUUUUCCAACUGAUGAAUAAUCAUUGAAAGUCAGCCAUAUUUUCAAUUAUUACAAAAUUAAAAAGUUCAGGGCCUGUCACACAAUGCUUAGCAAUCGAUCAUACAGUUGAAUUUUACACUUAAUUGCAUAUUGUGAGCAAUAAAAUCAAUCAUAAUAUCAGUUCAAUGAUCAAAUGCCAAGCUUUAUGUUACUGGCAUCAGAAUAUUUUUUUUAUAUAUAUGGCUGCCAUGUCACUUCAUCCUUAAUAGAGGAACUGACAUGACACCAUGGCUUCAUUUUCAGGGUAAUAAUAAAGCAAAGUUUUCAACAGGACAUCACUUAUCUAGUCAUUUCAAGUAAAUGAUGAUUUUCCUGAAAUAAUGAGGUAGGAGAACAUAGACAAAUUUAAUAUGUGAUUUAUGGAAUGUCAUGAGCCAGUGUGUUUAAUUUAUUUCUUCUUUUUUUUGGUUCAGGUAUUGUAUUUGUUCUCUGGUAUAUUGUGUCUAAUAUUUUAAGCUCUUAACUUUCUUAGUGUGUAGAUACAGAGAUUUAGUCACAAAUUCUAUUCUCAAAUAAAUAUAAUUAAUGGAGUGAUAUGUGCCAGUAUUGUUUUUAAAUUUUGGGUUCAGGGAUUUGGGUGAUUGAAUUAUCAAAGAAUUUCUAAAAUAUUAUGUAUUAUGCUUUAUGGGUAAUUCCAUAAAUUAAUCAUCCUAUUAGUAUAUCCAACCCCCAUUUUUCUUAAUUUUUAUUCCACUUCAUGCCAUGGUAAUGGCAUGUGUUGGGUGUUUGUCAUAUGAAAGCAUGAAGUAGAGCCGAAUCACGCCAGGGUUCCGUUUCAUGAAGACUUGUUAUAGUAAAGUCAGAAUUUCUAUAACAAGGUCACCAUCAGCCAGUCAAAUCGAAUGAUUUCAGUAGCUUUUGUCUGUUAUUGCAAAUUUAUAUAACAAGUUUUAUGAAACGGGGUCCCAGAAAGCCCCUCCACCUCAUUAGGGGGUUGGAUUACAUACUUUUUUCUUCGGGGAUUGUAUGGGUUCUCUUGCGUUUGUUCUCUCUCUCUUAUCUAAGCUUUAUACCAUGUUUGCUGUAGUCCUAUAAAUAUUCAUUUCUCUUUGCAACCGAUUAGUCAAUUAAAUGUCUGAGUAGAAGUUUUUGAUCAGAUUUUUUUUUUCAAAGUUGGACAGAUUUCUGUGGUAUCCUAGAGAUUUUCCUUAGGCAGCAUUACCUGUAUUAAGAGUCAGAAGUGCUGGUCACCUUUUCACCAAGGUGAACAAAGUUAAAUUAAACCAUGAUUUAAAAUUAGUGGUCUCUCUCCACUACAUGGGAAUGGUAAAAGAAAUCAAAAUGAGUAAAAAAAAACCACUGCCAUUAUAUGGUCUGGGGCCGAUAACACAAAGCUUAAUGAUUGUAGCUUUCUUAGGGUUGAUUUUAUGAUUGAACAUUAUGUGAAAUCAAUCAUUUUACUCAAGGAUAUCAGGCCAGAACUACAUGAUCAUACAUUUAACGUUGUGUUACAAAUUAUACUUAAAUCAUGUGAAGCCAUUUAUUCUACAUGAAUUUCCUUUUCUUGUCUGAAAACGAUUUUUUCAUGAAAUGAUAAAACAGUUUUAUGUGUAUUUGAAUCAAUCUUCUUUUGGGGCAGGUACGUGUAUACAUCCUGUAAGAAAAGAAUAUACUUCAUUCGAGAUUGUUUUUAUAACGACCAUUCCUUUUAUGUAGUGUUUGAGUUGAAAUGUAUCUUCAACUAAGUGGAUUAAAUGAGUAUUUACUUAUUACUGGUGUAGAUAACAUCUAUAUCCCUAAUAUAUUCUAAUAUUAAGAAAUGCUGUAUGUAUAGACAGGACAACUAGAUUUUAUCUUUUCGCACAAAUUAAGCACUUGUUGUGAUUGUGGUGGCUGUUUGGUGAUAAAUCUUUAUAUUCUUUUUUUGAUCCUGCCAGUUGUUCAACUUUCAAAAGUUAAUCUGUUCAAGUAAAUCUCAAAACAUUUAUAAACUCCCGACCUUGAUAUGGGUAAAUUGUUAGUUUUAUAUGUUUUGAUAUUAGCUGUGUCUAAAUUUUGUAUUACUUAAUAACUGCAAUAUUAGAUUUACCAUUUAGACCAUAUUGGAUCAUAGUUGACGUACGUAUGUACCUGUAGGGAUUCUACUAAUGUAAUAGAUUAUCUUAUACCAUAGCUCUUUUUAUAGGUUUUUACCAGAGAAGGUAAUAGAUUUUGAGGAAAUUGUAAAUACCCCUAUCAAUGUAUUUGCGAGAUUCUUAUUGGACUGAAUAAAUCCUGUACGAUUUCUA